AUGAACGGUACUGUUAUUACAGGUACUCCGAUAGCAGUUGACUAUUGGCGAUGUCAGAAGUCUCCAUGUAGCAAAGUGUUCUUCUUGUCCCAUGCCCAUUCAGACCACACCAGCGGUCUAUCUUCAACAUGGCGUUACCCAAUCUACUGCUCAGAGGUUACAGGAAAGGUUGUAGUUGCAAAGUGUGAGGUGAAGCAAUCACUCAUCAAAUCUCUAUCAGUAGGAAGCAGACACAUCAUUCCUCUAGAUGAGAGUGGAAAGGAAACCAUGACCGUUACUCUUAUUGAUGCAAAUCACUGUCCAGGUUCAACCAUGUUCCUGUUUGAAGGUUACUUUGGACGUUUCCUUUACACAGGUGAUUUCCGCUACCAUCCAUGUAUGUUUCCCAACACUCUCCUCGGGCUGAAUCGUCCAGUGGAUAGAUUGUACCUUGACAACACCUACAACAGUCCCAAUAAUGACUUUCCAGGGGAAGAUGAUUGCAAGGUAAAGAUCAUGGAAGUUUUAGCUGAGUACCCCUACACAAAUGUUGUACUUGGUAUGCACCAGCUUGGAAAAGAAGACCUCUUGGUCGAUAUUGCAGAGUUCUAUGGGGAGAAGAUUCAAGUGACCCCUGAACGAAUGUCAGUUAUUGAACUACUGGACUGCAAAGAUGUGUUCACAACAUCUGAGGAAAGGAUCAGGGUGGUACCAGUACACACUAUAACCAUCAGUAGGGUAGAACAGUGGAAUAAUGAGUUUCCAACCAUAGUUAUUAUCCCAUCAGCUAUCUUUAGAUCUCAACGGAAAAGUAGCAUUGCGAAUCAUCCCAGUGUAUUCAUCAUUCCAUAUUCUAGCCAUUCUUCAUACAAUGAGCUUAUUCAGUUUGUGAGAUGUGUGAGACCCAAAAAGGUAAUUCCCAUUGUACAACCACCACCAUCUAAAGCAUCUGAAGCAGUUAUUGCUAACAUGGGUAACUUCAAUCAAUAUCUAGAUCCAAACCCUCCCACUCCAGUCAGUAUCCCAUCAUCUGUACAAACAUACAUGAACUCCCACCUUUCAGAAGUGGAAAGACCCAUUCUUAGAAAAAGACGGUCGGAAACUGACAAGAAGUGUGCUUCAAAGAUUGCCAAAGGUGUUGUCUUUGAAGAUACAAGUGAUGAUGAGAGUGAAUGUAAAGAAAACACGAAUGGAAAUGGCAUACAUGAAACUAAUUCUGACAACGAUCUUGUGGAAAUAGAUUUUGAUGAAACUCCAGAAAACAAUGAGGAUGACACCACAAAGUCUAUUUGGGAUAUGAAACCUAACUCUAAAACUGCAUAUGGAUUUGAAAAGCUUGACAGAUUGAAGGACAAACUAUCUAUACAGGCUACAGAGGCUUUACAGAACAAUGAUGAGGAAUCUGAUCAGGACAUUCAGGAUAAUGAAGCAAAAGAACCAUCUAGAAUGUUGCAGGUUUGUACUGGAACAUUCUACAGCAAACCUAAGUGGAUAAAGCAAUCUUCUAGGAAAAAGACUUUACACCAUGUUUGCAAACAUUCUCAGUCUGGAAAGUCAUGUCUUUGCAAGUAUCUAGUUUUCAAAGAAUCAAAGGUACAUCUGACCUCCAAAAAGAGCCUGGAUAAAUCGCCAAGCAACAGUAACUCCAAGUGUACGACAAAUAGAUCAAUUUGUGACCCUUACAAAAGUGCAAGAACUAACUUUAGUAUUGUAGCAGAUGAACCAUGUGCAUCCACAAGUGCAGAAACUGUCAGUCUUCAUGAAGAUAAGCAAGCACCAAGUAUUAUGCCAGUAGACCGGAGAUCUAGAAAAGAUGUAAACUGUUAUUCUGCUAUUCAAAAUUUUUACAAGAGAGUGAAGUUGGGUAGCAUUACAUCUAGAUGAUUAUAAUAAACAUUGUAUAUCUUUGUGAAAUGGUGACCAGACUUGGGCCUGAGAAUGCUAUUUUAAUAUUUGAGUUAUUCAAAAGCCCCCCACAAAUACACCAAAAAAAAAACCACACACACAACUCUUUCCUGUGUUGGAAUAUGAUCCAGAGUGAUUAGAGAUAUUGAUGGAACAUGUAAUCAGAUUAUCAGUCAUUAAAUGUGGUAUUCAGAAUUUCAAAAGUAAUUCAUUUGAGAAUAGUGCAAUACCUUAAUGCAAUUUUUCUCUUGUAAAAUGAGGCCUUUUUGGCAGCAGUCCUUGGGUCUACUUUGCUAUAUUAUUUUGCAUUAUAAUUCACAUAAGUACAUGUAAAGCAGAUUCAAUAGGUACAUGUAGGUAUUGCUAAAUUGAGCCCAUUUAACAAAAUCAAAAAGCCAUGGAUGUUCCCAACAACAUUGAGUUCUGAAUCUUGAUCAAUGAUACUGAAAGUUGGUAAUAUUAGCAUGUUGCCUGUUGUGAUUUUCUUUAAAAGUCAAUAAUGGUAGAUACAUGUAUCUCCUUUAAAGUAGCUGGCAGACUGCCAUAAUAUGCUGAAAGAAACUACUUCUUGUGGACCCGUCUAUUGUGCUACUGUCACUUGUUUCAACUCCAGAAUGGGGAAACGUAACUGGAUUGUGAUCGCAUUGGACAGACUUCUGUGUUCCAGAAAUUCUGAUUCAGGCCUACAAAUGAACAUUCAAAUAAUUGAUUUUUUCAAAUGCCUUUUCACUACAAAGUUUAGUCGGUUGAUAUUGGUUACCAUGCCAGACAAGACCUCUGCUCCUGAGUAAAGUGUUGUAAAACUUGUAAUUAUGGUUCUAGGGAUAAGGUUACAUGUAUCUGUUGGUAGAGGUUAGAAAGAAGGCUUUUUUAUGUUUAGCUUUACAAUAAUGUGCACAAUUUUUUCCUCUCCAUGGCAGCUUUUGUUGCCAGAGCAAAUUUUAUUAUAUGAUGAAAAAAAUUAUACAUUUAUGUCAACUUUUUUUACAUUGAAAUGUAUUAACUGACUAACCGUUUGAAGGAACACCUUCAAUCUUGAUACAUGUACAUGUACAUGCAUCAGAGGGAAAUGUCACAACAGUCAUUGUGGUACCUGUACCGACCAUACAGAAACAUUGUUAGUCUAACAGAGCACUAACAGUAAGCCCAGUCACACUUUCCUGAUUGUGAUGUCAAACAUCAAUCCAAGAUGUAAAAAAAAAGGUGUAUUGUUGUUACAUUAGGUAUCGCUGCGUCAUUAGAGGUUGUAACAGGGUAUCUGUUCUCUGUAAGUGCUAACGUUUCUGUGUGGCCGGUCCUAAAAAAUAGGUAGUUUUUGCUUUGUGAUGCAUGACAGAUUCAAGAACAGAGUUAAAGGGAUGGUCCGGGCUGAAAAUAUUUGUAUCUGAAUAAAUAGAGUAAAUUUCACAGAGCAAAAUGCUGAAAAUUUCAUCAAAAUCGGACAACAAAUAACCAAGUUGUUGAAUUCUAAAGUUUAUCAAUAUUUUGUGAAAACAGUUACAUGUAUAUGCACAUCGUCAUGAAUAUUCAUUAGGUGGGCUGAUGAUGUCAUAUCCCCACUUUCCUUUUUCUCAUGCUAUUACAUGAAAUCAUAAUUGAUUCCUUUUCUCAUACAAGUGUAAAUGAUGUGUCUCCAUUAUGAUGAAAUAAGUUGCGGCAAUAAAUAACUAAUGCACUUUAUCAGUUGUCAAUCCAAUUGUUCUAGUUCUUGGUAGAAAAAUUCAAAAUAAAUACAAAAGAACAAGUGGGGAUAUGAUAUCAUCAGCCCAACUAAUGAAUAUUCAUAAAGAUAUGGUUAGAAAUGUUUCACCAGAAUAAUGCAAAAAUUUAAAAUCAAAUUUUCAGCAUUUUGCUUUGUGAAUUUUACUCUAUUGAAAUAUAAAUAUAUCCAGCCUGGACCAUCCCUUUAAUGUAUUGCAUUGUCCAUCAAAUGAACAGCUGGGAGCUCUUUGUUGAAAUUGGGGAACCAGAGCAGCAGUUUUUAAGUUGUUUGUCCAAUUUGUAAAGCUGCAUUUGUUUACAGAGACAAGAUAAAUAAGAAACGUGUACACAGUAUAUUUGUUGCAUCGAUGAUACGUCUUUAAUUAAAUAUAUUUUCUCAAUAAAUUUUAUUUCCUAAGCAUAUAUUAUCACAGGUAAUGUUUUAUUUUGUAUUUAAAAUGCCCUCAUCUCAACCUAAACACUUUUACUAAGUUAUUCCUUUUGCAUUUGAUAUGAACCAUUAAAACUGAGGCUUAUUGGAAACAAUUU